GCAGUAUUUAUUAGCAUCGGGCCCCACUUUCACAGCUUCCGUCGGCGACACGGCGUCGCAACUGCCUCGCAUCGUACGACCUCCGACCUAGCGGUUGCGUCCUCUCAUCCAGUCUCCCAUAUGCUGCAAUGGGAGGCUUUAGUAGACUUCCAGCCAUUUUGGCAACCGUCUUCUUCGUCUUUGGGUUUAUGCUCAGCCGCUCACCGUUCACAAUGACUUCGGUAGCCCCAUCAAAGCCUUGGGCUGAUGGCCCCUUGAAGCUUGUCGCGACUCCUCAGUUCCAGACCAAGAAUACUGAUAUCUUCACGUCGGGAGCCACGCAUAUGGCUUUGCUGCACAACUCGAUUCUUCGCGGCUUCAACUCGAUCUACCACCAGGCUCCGCGCAUUUCCGACCGAGACAAGGCCGACUUUGUUGGCUACUGCCUUACCUGGUUCAAGUUCGUCAAGUCUCACCAUGACGACGAGGAAACCAGCUUGUUCACCAAGAUCGAGGAGCUCUUGGAUGACAAGACCAUAUUCGAGGAAACACACAAGGAGCAUGAAUCCUUCCUCGCCGGUCUUGCUGAGUUCGAGAAGUAUCUGAGCAGCCUCAACACCCCUGCGGACUUCUCAGGCGACGAGCUCCUCCGCAUCAUGAAGUCCUUCCAGGACGCCUUCGAGCAACACUUCCACAGCGAGAUCGCUACCAUCUCGAAGUUCUCUGAGCACCCGAACGCACCGAAGCAAGGGACGCCCGAGAAUGACGCUGCCGCAGCCACGUUCAAAGCGUGGGGAAAGAGCACGGUAACCAAGGCCGGAGUGACCGACGUGGUUCCCUUCUUCCUGCUCAACCUCGACCGCACCGUCGAGGACGGCAUGUGGGCUAACUGGCCGCCCAUGCCUGCGCCUAUCAAGUGGGGGCUGAUCAACCUUGCUGGGGCGUGGCACUCUGGGUGGUGGAAGUUCGCCUCGUGCGACGCUGCCGGCCAGCCGCAAGAGCUGUGGGCAUAUCGAGCUGCGCAUACGGCUGAGGCGAAGGCUUGAGAAGGUAUGUGUUCGCUUGUAAUGUAGGAGGCGUUUUGCCAGGAAUGACUUACGACGACUUAAUGAAUCCGGAUUCCCAUGUUGGUAAUGAUGAAAAGCAUGCCCCAGACACUUCAUGGGCCCACUGCGCGCCCGAGACGAAGCUGUCUUCUUGCAUGCAGUUUUCACCUUUAAACGGCCGAUAGGGCUUGUCUGGGUAAGCCCCAAGGAUCGCGCGCAGAAUCCUGGACACCCGUUGUCUGUCGAACAUAAAAGUCCCACCUUAGAUGACGCCGUAGGCAACCUCGAGCGCAUUUGUAUGCAUUCUCCCAAUUAUCGUCGCUUCUCAACAAAGGCCGGCCAAGCCUGAUCUGUAGUGUUCGGCCGCGCUUACAAAUCUAGCCCCACCGCCCACCUCUGUUUAACCUCCACCAAGCAGCAUCUCACAGUAC